AUGACUGUUACACGAAGGAGAGUCGAUGUGCCGAUAGCUGGAAUCAGAAAGUCCUCUGCUAAUGUGAAGCACCAAUUUCGAGCCGUCAUCAAAUCCCGAAAUUCGAAUUACUUUACCUGCGUCGAUUUGCUUAUUCUGCCCAAGGUCACUAUUGAUCUGCCAUCGGUCAACUUGGACAUCGAUCAUUGGAGCAUUCCUGCCAAUUUUGAUCUUGCCGAUCCUGGCUUUUUCAAAACGAGCACUAUCGAUAUCGUGUUGGGGGCAGAAAUAUUCUUCGAUCUACUCUCUGUUCCAGGACGCAUUUUGCUUGGAGAUUCUCUUCCGUCGCUCACCAACUCGGUAUUUGGGUGGGUGGUAUCAGGAAAAACUUCUCAGGGCUAUCCAGAAAGGUCAGUUCGCUGCAAUGUUGCAACGAUAGCCGAACUACACAACGACAUGGAGAAGUUCUGGAAAAUUGAGGAAGACCCAUCUGCUGCGAAUUACUCCCCGAACGAAACUGCCUGCGAAGAGUUCUUUCAGCGUACUGUUGCACGUGAUUCGUCGGGUCGAUACAUGGUGAGACUCCCUUUCAAGGAAACUGUAACUCAGCGGUUGGGUGACAACAAGAAAUCGGCUCUGCAUCGUUUGCGCUUGUUGGAGAAUCGGCUGUCUCGUAAUGCUUCGAUCGCUCAGCAGUAUCGGGAUUUCAUGGCUGAGUAUGCGCAACUUGGCCACAUGAGCUCCAUCCGAAGUACUAUUUACCACAUCAUCCAGUGA